ACGUGAGUGUGGUGUGUGCGUGCGCGAGCGACAGACUCGAGACUGCCAACGUGCGAGGAGCGUGCGUCGUGCCCGUGAGGAGCAUCGUGUUGUCAUGACGUUCGCGUGAGCCGCGGUCAACGCGUCCAGGCAGCCGAGCCAGCCCAGCGGUGUCCGAGUCUCAGGAACAUGGCGCGCGAUUCCCGGCGCGCCGAUCCGCGACGCGUCGUCGCCGUCGACAACGGUAGUGGUGACGGCGGCGGCGGCGGCGGCGGCGGCGGUGCGACAGUGAGGUGCAAACUGGUGCUGGUCCUUCUGACGUUGCUGCUGGCGAUCCUCGUCCCUGCCGCGUACGCCGAGAGUCAAGGUCCGUCCUCAGACUUUAGCAGACACACUCUGGUGAGACCGCGAGUGUAUCACGGCAGGACAAAAAGGCAGAUCUCGUCAACCAAAGAGAACGACCUCGAACAUGCGGACGUGCUGACGGUGGGUUUCAAUGUGGACGGCGUCGAGCGUGUUCUCGACCUUCGACUGAACACCGAUUUAAUUCCGGUCGGCUAUCAGCAACUCCACCAGCAUCGCGGCACGUACAAAGUGCACACCCCGUCGAAAGUUGAACUCUGUCAUUACCAAGGUAGCGUUCGAGAUGUUCCUGCCUCGUGGGUGGCGUUAUCCACUUGCGAAGGAUUGCGCGGUGUCAUCUUCGAUGGUGAGAAUCUUCAUUACAUCCAUCCGGAAGAUGAGAGCUUGGAUUCCGCGCAUUACCUUUACAAGCACAGCGAUCUCAUUGCCAACAAUACGUGUGGUUACGAAGGCGCGUCGCCGCAUGACGUUCUCCCUCGUGAUCAUCGCAAGAUUAAAAGGUUCUCCAGGCACAAAAGAGCGGCUGAAAUUAUCCGUGGACCCUAUAACGCGAACAGACAGUCGCGUUACGUGGAACUGGUACUCGUAAUCGACAAGAAGGAAUACACCGCGCUCGACGAGAACCUGGACAAAGUGCAUCAGCACUGUAAGGACAUCGCCAACAUUAUCAACGCUCUGUAUAUGCCGCUGAACAUAUUCAUUGCCCUGGUCGGCGUACAGGUGUGGUCCGAGUCGGACGAGAUAACACUGUCGCCGAACGGCGACACCACACUGACGAAUUUCCUGCGCUACCGCAGGGAGAAACUGGUUAAGAACAUUCCCAACGAUAACGCCCAGCUGUUGACACGAAUCACCUUCGAGGGUGGGGUAGUCGGCAAGGCUCUCAAGGGACCGAUAUGCACCUACGAAUUCUCCGGCGGUGUCUCCAUGGAUCACUCGACCGUUGUCGGUUUGGUCGCGGCAACUGUCGCCCACGAAAUGGGCCACAAUUUUGGCAUGGAGCACGACGGACCGGAUUGCGAGUGUCCUGAAGAGAAAUGUAUAAUGGCAUCGUCCAGCGGCUCAUCCGGACCAACGCACUGGUCGACGUGUUCGUUGGAACAUCUAGCUCUAGCCUUCGAGCACGGUAUGGAUUACUGCUUGAGGAACAAGCCGCAGAAGCUCUUCGACAGUCCCAUAUGCGGCAAUGGAUUCGUCGAGCCGGGCGAGCAGUGCGAUUGCGGCCUGAAGGAGAACUGCGACAAUCCCUGCUGCAACGUGACCACCUGUAUGCUUCACAGCAACGCGAGCUGCGCGACCGGCGAGUGUUGCGACUUGAAGACCUGCAGGCCGAAGACCGCCGGCACGGAGUGCCGGAGCGCCGAGCACGAGUGCGAUCUGCCGGAAUACUGCACCGGUCAGAGCGAGUAUUGUCCGGCGGACGUGUUCAAGAUGGACGGUGAGACCUGCAGCGUGGGCAAAGCCUUUUGCUAUCAGGGCUCGUGCAGAACUCACGAUGAUCAGUGCAAAUUGUUGUGGGGUCCCACCGGUUUGUCUUCUGACGCGCAAUGCUACAAUAUGAACAACAGGGGCACGAAAAACGGUAACUGCGGCUACAAUCGCAUCGACUCAAAUUUCGUCAAAUGUAACGAUGAAAAUCUUCUCUGCGGUAUGCUGCACUGCAAACACUUGAAUGAACGACUAGAAUUUGGUAUGGAAUCGGUCGCGACCUUAAGCCAUUCGUUCAUCAAUAACAAUGGGAAGAUAAUUCCGUGUCGUUCGGCCAUAGUCGAUCUCGGAUUGAGCCAAGUUGACCCUGGUCUUGCGCCGGACGGCGCCAAGUGUGCGCCCGGAAAGAUGUGUGUAAAUCAGAAGUGUAUGUCAGUAGCGGAUCUGAGAGCGUCCGUGUCUGACGGUAAAGCUUGCCCGAACAAUUGCAAUGGUAACGGAGUGUGUAACAGUCUCGGUCAUUGCCAUUGUAAUCGUGGCUUUCGAUCACCUGAUUGCCUUCAGCCUGGAUUCGGUGGCUCCAUAGAUAGCGGUCCAGCCGAUGAUCCCAACGCGAGAAACGAUGUCAUAACUGCGCUUUACGUUAUCUUCCUGGGAGUGGUGCCCGCCGUAGCUCUGCUCCUAUUCGGUGUCUGGUAUGUCAGGAAUUCCGGACAGCACUGGAAGAAGGAUAUGAUGUCUACGACCGAUCGCGGCCACAAUGGAUUGCUAAUCAAAACGAUCGAUCGUUCCAACCCCAUGUCCCGUAACAUCGAAACGAUCGAUUCUAGUCUGAGUCAGGAUCCCGCGUGCGUGAGUCUGCUGCCUAAGGCAGAGGCCGACGAGCGCUACAACAACAACAUGUUCGGCCAGUUUAAGGGCUUCACGAUCACACCGAUCCACUCGAGUCAGUCGAAAACCGAGCCCACGAAACCGGCGCCACCUCCACCGGGCUGGAUGCCCACCGUGGCGAUAAAGACAAACGUAGUUAAGCCGAACGUGCAAAAGUGCAGCGUACCGCAGAGGAGCAAUCUAUUGGCUUCUAACGAUCCGAGCUCGAUCGCGCCGACAUUACCGCCGCUGAAUCCCGGUUCUACGGCACGACCGUUGAUCAGUAGUCCCGUACUGGCGGCCACGACCUGCACGUCCGUCGAAUUGGUGUCUAAGGUGCCCACCAGACCUGCCCCGGACGUACCUAUGCGUCCAGCCCCACCACCGCCGAUCACCUCCGUGCCUCCUGCGAGGCCGCAGAGACCCAACAGCACGCCCUUGACAAACGUGAUCCUGCCGGAGCCCGAGAAGAAGCCGGAAAAGAGCAGCAGCACGCUCAACCGAAUCGCGUCGAUGUUGCGCCCCGGCUCCGGCAUCAUGAGAAGCAACUCCCAGAGCGUGCAGAGAGACGACAAGAACACGAAUUCUCUGCCGAGGAGCCAGCACCACAAGGCCAACAAGGUCAUCGACAAGGAGAUCCUGAGGAACCUCGAGAUCUCCAAUCCGAUACCACAGACGCAGAUUGAGAUCGCGACGCCGGUCAUCCCGGUGAUACCGGCGACCGAGGUCGAGAAGAAAAACGUGGUCCUGCGCGCUCAGUCGAUGAGAGACAGCAAAGCUACGUCGAGACCGUACAUCCAGACAUUCGGUUCGAUGCGUCAGACGUCACCCGUCAAGAGGCCCACCAGUAUUCCCGCCAGCACGAGGCCCACGUCGCCACCUCCGGUCCCACCGACCGUCGCGCAGACGGAAAAGGCCGCCGAGAACGCGAUAAAGAUCCCCGGACUGCCAGGUUAUCAGAAUCCGCCGGUGAAAACCGUUCCGAAGCUACUUACGGAGAACACUUACGACGACUGCAUGAACCUGAUCGCGGAAUCGUCCCUGACGAAGAUCACGGAGGAGUCGCCCACGAACGACAAUAUCUACGCGGUGAUAGAGGAACCCGUGCCGGAGAAGAACAGGAAGAACAUGGAAUUGGAAACCACGCCGGCUGAUAACGAGUAUAAACUGCCGAAGCCCAUCGACACGACGACCGGCGGUCCGAACAGCCUGGAGUCGAUGGGUCUGCUGUCGGAGAUCGUGUCGGAGAUAUCGAAUCGCAAUUUCGAUUCCAUAUAUUCCACCUCGACGUUAACCAGAAAGAAGAAAGAGAAUAAUAGGGAAGACGUGACGAAAAAUAUGGAAAAUAUGGGAUCCAACAACUCCCUAGGCAGCUACAUGAAUUCGAACCACUACAAGAUACCCGGUGGAAUUUACUCAAACUCGUCCUCCGGUAAGUUUAAUUCCUCGAGCUCCACCACCAGCUCCGGCUAUCUCCAUCCAUCCGUGAUAAACGUUCCGCAAGUGGAGAGGAAAGAGGCGAGCAAAAAUAUUUCGGACGCGAACGACAAUUUGAAGUCGGCCGAUAAAAAUAAUCUAAACUCCCUUAAGUCCAGUAAUCCUAAUGUAAACGACGAAAUGUCCAAGGAGCUCGGCAUGAAGCCGCCUGAGAAUCCAAUAGGGUAUAAACCAUUCGUCUCGACGAAGACUCGACCAUCUCACUUGAUACAUAUCAAGAAGGAUGACCAAGCUGAGAGCAAGGUACCGGCCAAGCCGCCGUUGAGUAGGACUAAAACGCCUCCGAACAUCGCGAAGAGCCCGACUGCCAAAGACGUGCCCGAGUCGAGCGUGAAACUCGCGAGACAAAGUUCAGAUAACACGUUAAAAUCCUCGAAAUCCUCGAAAGCUUCGGACACGAGUUCGGCGAUGGUGAAACAGAGAUCGGACGUGAGCCCGAUCGCGAGACAAACGCAGCUGAACGCGUGCAAGUCGAGUAGCGACUUGGCUAAGGAAGAAUCACACACAACAGUAUCUGUCAAAAAUGUGCCUUGUAGUCCUAAGGAUAAUCCGGGAAAGUUCAAUAGCCCGGAUCUGGUCUCGAGUUGCUCGAAUACGAAUCAAGGCGGAACGAAGUCGCCGGACGUUGUGGGCAGCAAUCCCAAGUUCAGUCUCUCGCUUAAAACCGUUCAGAAGACACCGACGGCGCCGAGGGGUGGCCAGAAGACGCCCACGACGCCGUUGAAACCGCUCAACAUUACAUCCAAGGCAGCCAGUCUUUCGGAAAGGAAGAAGUCUCCGACCGGCAACGCGAGUGUGACCAAACCACUGUCGCCGACCGCCAAGGAGGCGAAUAACGGUAGUACCAAGCCGUCGCAUUUGACACCGAAGGUGAGUUCCGCUAAGACGGAAAUCAAGAGCGGGGACGGGGGUGCAGCAGCGAAGACGAAUCCGCUGCAAAGAGUGGCGAGCGGUAAAUCCAACGUGGCGUCGCUCCAGCAAAAGUUCGAGGCUAACAAGAACAAUUCCGGUGUCGCGAGGACUGUGCCGAGUGCGAACAGUAAGAAAUCGAUAGCACGAACGACGGAGGUUGGCGGCGGCGGAUUGAGGAAAUGAGCGAUCGUCCGGAAGAGCGUGACAAUUCGACCUUCCCGAUCGCUCGGGACGUGCUCUCGACGGGAUCGGAGGAGCGUCAGAGACGCGGCGAGGGAAAUCUAUACUUGAAACAUUCUAGUCCGUCACAUUGAAUCGUUCUCGCGUGGAAAGUCGCGUGGUAUAUAAACGUGGUAUACACGUUCACGGUAAAUCGCAGUACAUCGUAAGCGUGUGCACGAGUAUAAACGUAGAUAAUGCGUGAGAGAGCGAUAUAUUAUCUCUGUAAUUUCUUAUUUAAGAAAUCUUAAACAGAAGUUUAAAAAGAAGAAAGAAUAGUACAAGGAUCGAGUCUUUUCCUCUAAGAUCCAUAAAACGCUAAUUUUACAAGCAAAUAUAUUUCUUGUCGGAGUAUUAAGAUAGGUCGUAUAUACGCGGCUGCGUUGCAUAAGAGACACGAUAUUGAAAAUUGUAAAUAGUGCCCACACUUAAAAAUUCUCAUAUUUUUUGUAGAGACUAUCCCAUUGCCGAUGUUCAGGCGUACCUAUGUGUAAGCCAAUAAUUACCGUAAUAUUUAUCUUAAGCGUUUUAUAAGCGACAUUGCGAGGUAAGCGACAGUUAUUUUCGGAACCAUCGCUUGUGAAACUGAUAAGGGGCGUGUACGGAAUUAAUUGACCUCUGUGAUAUAUGUAUAUGUAUAAAGAAAUAUUGCACACAGAAACACUAUUAUGCCACAUUGUUACGGCUAGCAGAUUUUAGACGCGACCAAAUUAUUUUGUAUCAUACUACGUACGAGGGUAAUUCAAACAGCAAAUUGAUAAUAUUUCACGAGACGAAUAUCCCAAGCUGCAUUUCAAACACUCGUGCAGAAAAGAGAAUAUUCUUAGAGAAGAUUUUGAUUUGAAAGCAAUUAGGCUCCCAUAAAUAAAUUAGAAAUAAAUACGAAAUGAGUAAUUUGCGAGCCGAUACGGGUGUUAUAUAAUAAUAAUCAUUUUUAUUGUUACAAUAUCCAGUCACAUACAAAAUUUUUAAACAAGAUUUUUUUUAAAAGAUUUUGACACUACCCCAUAAAUUUUCUAAUCUUACUCUCUCUCAUUAUCAUAUGUUUGAAGCCCGUAAAGAACAUUUUGUACGAAUGAAGAUUUAGAAAUAAUAACGGGGUAAAAAAAAGUAGUUACAUUCUUGACUGAAGGUAUCAAAAACAUUUUUUUCUGGUGGAAUAAAGAAGUUAAUGCAACGGUAUGAGAAGUGUAUUAAAAAGAGGGAUGAUUAUGUAAAAAAAAUGGCAUAUCAUUUAUCUCUAUUUAUCAUGUAUUAUCUCUAAAAUUGAAUCAUGUAUUAUCUUUAAGUUUGAAUCAUGUAUUACCUUCAAAUUUGAAUCAUGCAUUAUCUCAAAAUUUAAAUCAUGUAUUAUCUCUAAAUUUGAAUCAUGCACUAUCUCUAAAUUUGAAUCAUGCACUAUCUCUAAAUUUGAAUCAUGACACUAUCUCUAAAUUUGAAUCAUGCACUAUCUCUAAAUUUGAAUUAUGUACCAAAAUAUUUCAUUUGCUGUUACUUUUUGAAACACCCUCGUACAUAAAUCGUACUGACAAAAAGAAAACGCGCCGUUAAGUUUUUUAAAAAGCCAUCGGAAAUCGCAGUCAUAUCCGACGUGUAGCUCCGUUAAUAGGAGGGAGAAAGAUCCCUUUUCUUUCCAAAGAUUAAAUAUUUAUGAGAGAUCAAGUUGCAAGAUUGUACCUUCGAGGUCCCGUGGGAGUCAAAAUGGAAAUGCCAUUAGUUAGAAGAAUCUAGGUGUUAGCGCAUGCUAGUUAACAUAACACUGCGAAUUAAGAUGAUACCACCGUCGUCGGCAAAAAGGCAGGCGAGGGAGCCGCUAAAAAAGAAAAAAAUUGUAUUCCGCCUCGGUCGCGCGCAGUUAUCACGCAUCCUCUAUUUUCUCGUCUAUUUUAUCCUUCGCGUAAGGUCAGAGGCUUGCUUCGACUAUUAUAGGUGCCGUUUUAGAUGCAAAGACUAAAACUAUUUAUUUGACUGACUACCCGUGUAAAUAUAUGUUCGUAAGAUAUAGGCGUAUAUUGUGAAGUUUUUUGUACGAUGUACCUUCGCGAGAAUAAGUUACAUUUGUAAGUUACCCUCCCCCUACAUGCAUUAUACGUGCGAUCGCGAGAAAGAGGAAAGCAACUUUUCGACGAGACUAUCGUUUAAUUCGCGAGGAAAGGUUUUAUUGAACUGACAAGGUCUGUGAGAGAGAACUUCGUGCAUUUACUGUCCUCUUCUUUUUUUUCCUCUUCCGCGCAGCGAAUCCCCCUCCCCCCUCCCCCCCGACACGAAUCCAGUCCGACACUUUGAUUCGCGUAGCGUUAUCUCGAGUUUGUAAUGAUAGUUCCUACGUGCGGAGCGUCCAGAAAUCACACCACCACCAGAGGUUUCAAUAAAGAGGUUCAAUAAAGCUUUUUGACCAUUUACUGUGCGUACUGUGCAUUUUUGCUUUUUCCGCUUGUUUCUUCACGCGCGAGACGAGUCGUGUGCGUUGCUUCGAUACGAGGACAAUCAGACGUUCGUUUUAGCGAUACGGCGUACGAGGAGGCGGCUUGCUUCAGCAACCCCCCUCCCGCUCGUUAUUAACGAAUAAGUAUUACCCGUAAGAAUAUUCUUUCAUAAAAAGGAAAAAGAAGUAAAAAAAUGUUGAACAAUUAAAAUGUGUUGAAGAGAAUUAAAAGAUAUUGAAUGCAACCAAAAUGCAACGGAGAGUGGUUGCGCCAAUUGCGACCGUAUAAUACAAAAUAUUCGAUGAAUUGGCUUAAAAUAUAACGCAGCUGUCCACACACGAAGCCGUGAUACGUACAACACUUCGUUCUUAUACAUCAUCUAGCAAAAGUAACGACAACAUCAGGCAUCACAUUGCAAUACAUUCGGUACCAAAGAAUACGGUAUAGUAGAUAGUCCUAUCUACGACACUGCCGAGAUAAGCACUACAAUAAUUAAUUACCUAGCCGUCGGUUUAACGAUAAUUGUGUACAUUAAAAUCCAUAACGAUGUUACAAUAAAGUCUUUAUUCCAACUAAA